AUGCUGUAUACAGCUAACGGACAACCUUACACCGUUCCUGGGGAUCGACGCUUUAAUGAUGAGAUUGACAAACUGACUGGAUACAAGACAAAGUCACUCUUGUGCAUGCCUAUAAGAAACAGUGAUGGAGAGAUUAUUGGUGUUGCCCAAGCAAUAAAUAAGACUCCUGGAGGUGCCCCUUUUUCUGAUGAUGAUGAAAAAGUGAUGCAGAUGUAUCUCCCAUUCUGUGGGAUUGCCAUAUCCAAUGCCCAGCUAUUUGCAGCUUCGAGGAAGGAAUAUGACAGGAGCAGGGCUUUACUGGAAGUAGUGAAUGACCUCUUUGAGGAACAGACUGACUUAGAGAAAAUUGUCAAGAAAAUUAUGCAUCGGGCCCAGACUCUGCUGAAGUGUGAACGGUGCUCAGUGUUACUUCUGGAAGAUAUUGAAUCACCAGUGGUGAAAUUUACAAAAUCCUUUGAGUUGUUAUCUCCAAAAUGCAGUGCUGAUACUGACAACAGUUUCAAAGACAGUGUGGAGAAGUCAUCAUCUUAUUCCGACUGGCUAAUAAAUAAUAGCAUUGCUGAACUUGUAGCUUCCACGGGUCUCCCAGUGAACAUCAGUGAUGCCUAUCAGGAUCCUCGCUUUGAUGCUGAAGCUGACCAGAUUUCUGGCUUUCACAUAAGGUCUGUUCUGUGUGUUCCUAUAUGGAAUAGCAACCACCAAAUAAUUGCUGAAUAUUGUUAAGAAGUUACGGUACCUAGGAUGCAUGCUAAGUAUCCAAGAAGGGAUGUUUUGACUUGGAUACUGUAUGGACUUUUUCAGCUUUCCCAUUGCGUCAUUGUUAAAUUAUAUAUUGUAUUGAAACUUGAAGACUAAUGAGAGGAAAACAGAAAUUCUAACAAUACUAGUGAAAAAUGUUUGAUAUGCUUUGAUACUUUUCUUGGGUCUCCCUUUUUUUGUAUACAACUCGAGCAGCUGUUUCUGCAUUCCAGAAAAGUGGUCGUUUUCCUCUAAUGAUAAACUACACAGUCAGGGAAGA